CGUAAGCGGAGUGAUUUAUUGGAGACUACACCCAAGCGCCUGUACGAUUGCAACGGCUUUUUCUUCGUUUCCUAGACCAGAAGAAAGCCGAGACGUGACGGAGUCGGGGGGGGGGUUCUGCUUGUUGGAGGCCCGUUAAACCGCUGAUAAAUACAGCUUUCAUCACCGCUUCUUCGUCGCUCAAGAGACGUUUGUGACCUAACUCGAACCCUACGUAUUUUUUUUGCAUCUUUGAACUAAUCUCACAAACAUGUCCUGGCAAAGCUACGUGGACAACCUGCUGGCUGAUGGCAACUGCCAGGACGCGGCCAUUGUUGGGUACACGGACGCCAAAUACGUCUGGGCAUCGAACGCCGGCGGUACCUUUGCCAAUAUGACGCCUGAAGAAAUUGACGUGUUAACAGGAAAGGACCGCAUGGGAUUCUUCACCACUGGGAUAACCUUAGGCAAUAAGAAGUGCUCUGUAAUCAGAGACAGCAUCCAAACUGACAGCGACUGGACAAUGGACAUCCGGACAAAGAGUCAAGGAGGAGAGCCAACAUACAACAUUUCUCUAGGCAAAGCCUCCAAAGCAUUGGUUGUUGUCAUGGGGAAGGAAGGUGUCCAUGGAGGGAAGCUCAACAAGAAAGCAUUUGAUAUGGCUGAUUACCUGAGGAAGUCCGGAUACUAAAGCAGCCUGUACCCAGCCACCUAACAGCUCACCCUUACCACCCUGUUGCAUUUUACACUACUCCAGUCCUAGUUGGUAGCUUCAUUUUUUUUUUUUCUGCCUUCUCUCCUCCCCCCUUUGUUCUCCCAUAUGUUCCCCUCUUCCUGUCCCCUCAGCACACCUGUGCUGUGUCCUCUUGAGCACUACAAGUUGAUCCAUAGCAAAGAGAAUGUUGCUAACAGGAUGUCAUGACAAAUCUGUACAGCUAAGAAAGAUCUGGCAAAACAUUCGAGACAAUAAAAGCUUUACUGUCAAUUUGAAGUAGAUGAUUUUUUUUCUUUCUCUCUGUCAUGGUGCCCAUUACUUAAUCUCUCCCAAACCCGACCGUACACACUCCCCGAGCAGCCGACGACUUAAGCACUUGAGCGGUAACCAAGCUCAUCGUGUCUUCCUGUUUAAUUUCCACCAUCGUGUGGAAGGGGAGACUGCGAAUGUCGGUCCACUGUUUCCCCUCCCCCCCACACUCCCUCCUGCCAAAAACGACUGCAUUUGUACAAACCAUGCUGUGUUGACAACUACAAAACUGUGGAAUAAAUUGCCUUUUACUCUCUAGUCAGCUGAGCUCUGGGGUAUCACACGGUCUGGCAGCACUGCUAACUGUAAAACCUUUCAAAAGUAGAAACGACACUCAAUGGGAUUGGUUGGAACAAAGACUCUUCUGGUUGUCUUGUUGAAGCUUAACUGCAGAACCUGUGUAUCCUUGUGCCAUAAUCGAGAUCUGUUGCUGUCCUAACAUGGAUCUUGUCCACUAAAGAAUCCUUUCAUUGGCACUUUUUUUUUUUUUUUUUUUUUUUUUUUUUUUUUUUUUUUUUUUUUUUUAGCUUCAGCUCCAAUGUUUGGGCCUUGUGGGAUCUGUGUACUCGCUACAAAAUAAAGUUUCAAGUCCUGUUUAUGUUCAUUUCCUUUUCCGUCACUUUGUUUUUUUUUUUCUUUUAUUUAAUACAUCUGAUUUCAUAUGCAUAAAACCAAGAAAUGCCAUAAAUUGAUUUAUCACCUUGUUUACAGACAGAUCAAAUAAAUUUAUUCCAACCAGA